AUGAAGGUCACACUCUCGCUGCUCACCGCGGCAGUCGCCGUAGCCGCUGCGCAACCGCAUCAACACGCCCACGCUCACGCCCACGAGAAGCGUGACGAGGUAUGGGAUUCGACCAUGGUGGUCGUGCCUGGCCCGACUGUCAUCGCCUACGUCCUCAACGGCAAGCCGAUCUCCGAAGACGAUGUGAAUCGCGGCAUUGCGGACGGCUCACUCAUCUGGGCACACGGCGGUCAGCUCCAACAGGCUGAUAGCGCUUCCACGCCAGCAAGCACUGCUGCGCCCUCCAGCUCUGCAGCUGCCUAUAUCCCAUGGAACCACGACUCCUCCUCGUCUGCGGCGCCAUCCCCAUCUCCUUCAUCCUCGUCAGUCUACGUUGCGCCAACGACAUCGUCGUCUUCCGUGUAUGUCGCGCCAACGACAUCGUCGUCUUCCGUGUAUGUCGCGCCAUCGACCAGCAGCAGUGCGCCAGCAUUAUCUUACUCUGCUCCCGCUUCGUCGAGCAGCGCCGCACCCUCCAGUGCACCAUCAAGCGCUCCAUCGUACAGUGGUGGCAACUCCGGCUCCAGUGGCUCUUCGUCUGGCGUCGACUCUCCUUUCCCUGACGGCCAGCUUGACUGCAGCACGUUCCCAUCCUCAUACGGAGCAGUCCCUGUCGACUGGAUGGGGCUUGGUGGCUGGACUGGUGUGCAAAGCCCUGGCUCCCACAGCAGCGCCGGCAUGAGCAACAUCAUGACCCUCGUCAAGAGCCAGUGCCCUGACGGCAACUGCUGCACCGAGGGUUCUUACUGCUCGUACGCUUGCCCAGCGGGUUACCAAAAGUCUCAAUGGCCAACUACCCAGGGUGCCACCGGUCAAUCUGUGGGUGGUAUCCAAUGCCUGAACGGCAAGCUCCACCUCACCAACCCAGGCCUGUCUAAGAACCUCUGCAUGACUGGUGCCUCCCAAGUUACCGUCUUGGUCCAGAACAAGAUGUCCUCCAACGCCGCUAUCUGCCGUACCGACUACCCUGGCACUGAAGCUGAGACUAUUCCAUUGGACACCCAACCCGGUUCAACCAACAACCUCACUUGCCCCGACGCAGACAACUACUACAAUUGGGAGGGUGGACACACCUCUGCUCAAUACUACGUCAACCCCAAGGGUGUCUCCGCCUCCAACGCGUGCCAGUGGGGCAGCUCAGCAAACCCAUGGGGUAAUUAUGCGCCACUUAACCUUGGUGUCGGCUACAGCAACGGUGCCGCUUGGUUGGCCAUCUUCCAGAAUGCGCCCACUACGACUGCUUCGCUCGACUUCACCGUUACCAUUACUGGUGACAAUGUUUCAGGAAACUGCAAAUACUCGAACGGCCAGUAUUGCAGUGGUCCCAACUACAGCCAAUGCAGUUCGACGACUGGGUGCACGGUAUCAAUAAGCUCAGGAACCGCCACCUACGUCUUCAGCGACUCGUAG